AUGACUGACAAGCCCAAUCAAAUUUAUAAUCUAGAUGAAAUGGGAGUGUGCCCAGAUCCAACCAGAGCUCGUGUUAUUGCUGGCAAUAAGCAAACUGGUGUUCAUCGUACCGACCAGGGCUCAGGUAGGGACAAUACGACAGUCAUGGGGUGUGUCAGUGCUGCAGGAAAGUGUCUGCCACCUCUCUUCAUUUUCAAAGCUGUAAACUUAUGGUCAACAUGGAAAGGGGAAGAGGAUAUCCCUGGAACAUUUUACGCUGUAUCAGAAAGUGGUUUUAUUAACACUGAUAUAUUUUUUGACUGGAUCAAUCACUUCUCAAGACAAGUGCAGGAGCGCCCCCUGGUUUUAAUUGUUGAUGGAUAUGUGUCCCAUCUUAGCUGCAAAACAGUUGUGUUUGCUAAACAACAGCAAAUAACUAUCAUAAAAUUACCCUCCCACACAACUGAUCUGUUGCAACCGCUAGAUCGGUCCUGUUUUGGACCAUUUAAAACAUACUGCGACGCGUCUUAA